AUGAAGCCUCCUCUGCUGCUAUUCUUGCUGCUGAACUGCGCAUGUGGACUCGUGCAGCUUCUGUGUGACGCAGCUCUGCAGCGGCCGCCGCCAGUUAUUAGGACGCAACGCUGCUGCACAUCAUCAGUGGCUGCAAACAGCUUCAGCUGGUCGGACGCAGGCAGGAACCCAGACAGAAAAAACCAAAAAGAAAGAAAGAAAGAAAGAAAGAAAGAAAGAAAGAUGGGGAAAAUUAAUGGAUGCCUCAAGUGCCUCUUUGUCUUCUUCAACGUGAUCUAUGCGAUCUUCGGAUGUGUUCUGGUGUACGCGACGGCGAAGGCCACCGUCUACAGCAGCCAGCUCUCAGCAGUCGGGGGUCCAGGCCUGGGAUGGAUGUGGGUGUUUGCCAUCGGCGUCCUCGGCAUCUCCUGCCUGGGAAUCUACGCCGGCUGCUCCGAGAAGAGCCUCGCCCUCAAAAUAUUUGCAGGUUUCAUGGGGAUCGGAAUGGUCGUCAUGCUGAUCUUUGGCAUUAUCAUUGCCGUCACAAGAAACAAGGUUAGAGAUGCCUUCCAAAGCAUCACCAGUGAAGCUGUGAAGCCCUACCUGGAAGACGAGGAACUAAAGGCGAUGCUCCAAGUGCUGGAAAGCUCUUUCCAGUGCUGUGGAGUGGCGAGCGCCGAGGACUGGGGUACAGACAUCCCCGACUCCUGUCGAUGCAGUUCCUCCGGGUCGGGCUAUGGAUACGGAUAUGGAUUUGGAUCUGGCGGAUGUAAACAACGGCCACAGGGAACCCGAGGCCCAGAAAAAAUCUUUGCACAGCCUUGCGGUGACCUCAUCUAUUCAUACGUCAACAUGGUCUUCAAGGCCUUCAUGGGCGUCUGCUUUGGUUUCGCCGUCACCGCUCUGCUGGGCCUGCUGAUCUCCCUGCUCAUGGUCCACCAGAUCAAGCGUCACGACGGCGCUGGAAGCUCGUCUAUGGCCAUGAAGGGCUACUGAGGACCUCCGACCUCUGCACUCGACGCACCACGUCCUCCUAUUUACCUUUUUUAACGCCAUUUCUGCCUUUUCCGAGCCAGCGAGUGGAGGCGACGCUGCAGGAAGAGAUUUCGUUUUUGGGAGGAAAGAACCUCCGGCUUUCUAUUGUGGAAAAUAUUGCUUAAAUAUCAAACAUUUAUUUUUUUGAAAAUCAAUAUAUAUCUCUUUCUGUGGUAAUUGAUGUUAUCGUGUAUUGUACUCAUAGACACAUAAUGUAGGAAAUAACUUUAACACAUCUGACUGCAGCUCUGUUAACCCGAGGAGGCCAAUAAAAAUCUUCCACUUUGGCCAUUAAAAGAAAUAAAACAAAAUAAGAACGCCUCCAUCCGACCACUGAGGCUAAAAUUCUGAAAACGCAAGCUAGCAUCUACGGUUUCCCCAUCCCCGUUACACCUGAUUUCAAAACAACUUAACAGUUCAAACACCUUUUCAGUUAAACCAGAAUCUUGCAACAGCUACUUGUAGUUAGCAAAGUAGCUGGCAAGCUAAUGGCUAACAUUCUCGGCUAGCAGGAACACGCUAGCGCUAGUUCCGGGGGCUAACGGUGUGGCUGCCAGCUUUUAAGUUAGCAAGUUAGCUAAUUCCUAUGCUACCUAGCAGAUCGUUCUGAAGAUGUUGACUCCUGAAGGUAAUUUGGCUAAAAUCCUUGAGAAGCUAAAGUGAAAAUGCAAUUUUAAAUUCAGGAACUACGAUUUCUUGUUUUGUUAUUCACUACUGGUUCUAACCCCUUCCUUGAGCUACUUGUAAUUAGCAAAGUAACUGCCACUGCCAGGAACAUGCUAGCACUGAUUCUUGUAGCUAACAAUGUGGCUGCUAGCUUUUAAGUUAGCAAGUUAGCUAAUUCCUUUGCUACCUGGCCAAUAAUUCUGAAGAUGUUUCACCAUUUACAAACCAUCCGACUUUUGAGAAGCACUUUAUAAGCUAACGCUAAAAGCUAAUGUUAAAUAAAAGUGGACAGUGCAGCACGGCUAACGACUGAUAAGAUUUUAGAUAAAAACAUUUUUUAGCUCAAAUUGUCCUGAUGGAGGAAGUCUAGAUUAUUUUUAAUGGUCUAGUUUUUCCUCAAAGACACAAUUUAUGCACUAAAGUUCACCAAAGCUGAACUGGAUGGUUAAAUUUGAUUACAGUCAGCUAAUUUAGCCACAUUAAAUGCUGGUAAGUUAGCAACAUGUCGCGCAGAAAUAGGUUGAAGGAUUGUUUAAAUUAGCUUUACGGGCAGCUUAGCUUUACAUAAAACGUUCCUUUUUUGUAAAUCCAUUUAAAAUCUGCACUAAUGAUAAUUUAUAACUGAUUUUAGGUGAAUUCUGUUCAGUAAUCUGGACUUUAUUUCUGAAGGAAACAUGGAUUCAGAACCUCCUCGGGUUAAAACGAUCCGGUCAGAAGAGCUUUCCACUCGUCGCCUGUCUGUGUGAUUGUAAAGAAAAAUGUAACACGAUGAAUUUUGCAUAUUUUUCCGAACCUGUGUAUGUCUACGUAGAGCACUUCUGUCGCGUGCAAACACGACACUCGAGGACCUGUAUAUGAAGCUGAACACGUUUUUGCUGAAGGGUUAAACGGUCGAACCCAAAUGUGAAAAUUUCACCAAAAUGUCUGUUUUUCUCACAGACUGUGUUUAAAAGAUGGACGUAGCUUCUGGGGGUGAAAACUAAAGCUUUAAACCUGCGUUCUCUCUGACGGCCAGCAGGGGGCGACUCCUCCAGCUGCAAAAAAUGCACUGAAGUCUAUGAGAAGAUGAGUCUCCUUCUCGGUUCAUUUGCUACCAAGUAAACAUGUUUACCAGUGAUUUUAUGGUCUCAAUUGCGAGUUCAACGUGUCCGUCAAUGCAGCAUGAUGUUGAUUUAGUAAAUUAUGAUUCCACUUAGCAGGAAACAGACGAUAAAUUAGAGUGUAUUUUAGGGCGGGGCCACUUUCUGAUUGACAGGUCGCGAGCAUAUUGUGUGUUCUUGAGUUUCCAAAGUUUUUUAAAAAACCAAAAAUGCCAAAGUGCUGGAUUUAAAACACAACCCAGUGGGUACAUCCAUCUUUUAUCGACAGUCUUUGGUUUUUCCUGUGGUUAGCAGGUAACUGCUCAGUGCAGGAAGUCUGAAGGCAGAAGAGAAAAGUUUCUGUCCUCUGAUUCAUCAGUACAAAUAAAGGCCAUGAUAACGAA